UGGCGGCGUACAUCUCGGCGUUUUUAUGUGUCAUUUGAGCGUCGAAAAGAGUAAUUUGGGUAAAUUUCCGAAGACUGCUGGAAUCUCUGAAGCGUUCUUUUAAGCAAGAAAACUUUUAUUACAGGGAACAGGGUGAAUGCACAUGUUACAUAAUGCCUCGACAACAGGGGGUCACGCCACCAGAAGAAAAGUGGAAACUUCUACACCUUUUCAACCGGAUACAAGGCUACAAAGAUGAUAAUGGUAGAGUAUUGUCUGAGUCGCUCCAAAAGGUUCCUUUACAGAAGGAGAAUCCUGACUAUUACAAGAUUGUGGGCAGACCACUUGAUUUCAGUGGUAUUGUUGGUAGAAUGCAGAAAGAUCAAUAUUACUCUGUUGAAGAAAUGAUAGAGGAUCUGCUGACAUUGUUUAAUAAUACCAUCAGGGUAUACAAACCAUACACACAAAUACAUAAGGAUGCGUUGACUCUACACUGUGUACUGUUACAAUCACAAGCUGAGUUGAUUGAUUUAGAUCAUAACAGAGUUGAAGUACCUGAUGUACAGCAAUGCGUACAAGACAUACUGAAAACAAUUCAUGGUAAUAUAUUGAACCAUAAAGAUGAAUCAGGACGUUACUUGAUGACUGCCUUGGUCAAUUUCCUGGAACGGGAAUGUUCCGAUACAAUCCAACCAGUACCAACUCAGCAGUCAGGAAACUCUAAUAAGUUAGUAAUGGAUUUCAGCACAGUGUCAAAUAAACUUUACACUGGAUGUUAUCAACGAUUAGACCAGAUGCAAAAAGAUUUAUUUGCAAUAUUUGAAAAAAUAAGACGUCUAUCCAAAGACUAUCAAGAGAUUUAUUACACUGCAAUAAGGCUACAGGAGUACUACAUAUUAUCUCGUGAACAGGUGUGUGAAUGGGGACAAGUUUUGAACUCUCCAGCAUUGCAUUAUAUCAAUGUUCACCUUCAGUCUGAUUUAAAAGCAGAAAAAGCUCAUGACAAAGUGCGGAAACAAGAGCGAAUGCCAGAGACAGAGACAGAGCUGGAUGUUGACUAUAGUAAUAUGACUGUACCGCUAAUUAAUAUGAGAACCAAUGAACCAUUAGUAAAAGAUGAUGGUAGUCCAUUCUAUGAGCAGUACGUGACUGAAACUGGGUGUUAUAAAAUAGGGGAUUGCGUCUACUUGCAUCCUGAUGGUCGGAAUAAACCUGGUAUUGCUAAAAUAGACAGCCUCUGGGAAGACAAAGAGUAAGUUCACAACAUAUAAUGCUGGAGUGAUGUCAUGGUAUUAUCUAAGUACUAAAGCCAAGUAUAAACUAGCAUUACAAAUACGUGUAGUCUGGUUAUAACCAAACAAGACAGAAAUGUAAUUUGAUGGUUUUCAUUCGACAAAAUAAACAUGAGUUAUUGUACAGUCA